GGAGGGGAGGGAGAGAGAAUGAGAAAUGCAGAGGCAGCAGCGGCGGCGGCGGCAGUAGCAGCGGCGGCAUUGCUCCAAUAGGCUCCCCUCUCUCCAGUCUCCGCUCUCGAGUCCGGGAGAGACAUCGCACCACCCAGCCCCAGCCCAGCGGACCCUAGGCUCCCCGAGGCUCUGUUGGUGACACCAGGGCGCACCGCACACACACCGAGGGGGCGGAAAAGAGAAAAAACCCAGAACUCCAAAGAUGGGAGGCAAGCUUAGCAAGAAGAAGAAGGGAUACAAUGUAAAUGAUGAGAAAGCCAAGGAUAAAGACAAGAAGGCGGAAGGAGCUGGUGCAGAAGAAGAAGAAACUCCCAAGGAGAAUGAUGAGACCCAGACAGUGGCAGAGACCACAGAUGUCAAGGAGAGCAACAAAGAGGAGAAGACCGAUAAAGAUUCCCAGGUGACUGCUAACAAGACUGAAGAUAAAGAAGCGGAGAAAGAUGCAGCAGCCAGCAAAGAAGAGGCUCCGAAAUCAGAGUCUGAGAAAGCAGAGGCUGUCCCUGAUGGAAAGGUGGACCAGCAGAAGGAUGCUGAGCUGGAGCAGGCCCCUGCCUCUGCUCCAGCGGCCAGCAGCGAUGCUUCUAAGACUUCAGCGCCUGGCACUGAGGCAAAGGUCUCCCAGUCUUCAGAAGCCACAGCGACUAGUAAAGUAGAUGACAAGAGCAAAGAGGAAGGGGAAGCCAAAAAGACUGAGGCUUCCGCAGCUCCCGUCGCUCAAGAAACUAAAAGUGAAGUGGCGCCAGCUUCAGACUCAAAACCUAGCAGCAGCGAAGCUGCGUCUUCUUCCAAGGAGAACCCAGCAGCAACGGAAGCCCCUAGCUCAACCCCUAAGGCCCAGGAACCUGCAGCCCCAGCAGAUGAGGGUAAACCUUCUGAGGCUCCAACCGCUAAUUCGGAUCAAACCAUAGCCGUGAAAGAGUAACAUGGACAGCCUGUUGAAAAAAUAAUAAUAAUGAUGAUGAUGAUAAUAAUAAUAAUAAUAAUCACUUAAAAACAACCUGUGUCUCUCUCUCUCUCUUUUUUCCCCCCCAGCUAUACUAACUUGUUUCAAAUCUGAAAUAACGAUAUGUAUUGCCCCCAAAAGAGGAUGUCCCAUCGAGGGAGGGAGGGAGAGGGUGGGGGAGAGAAUCCAAAUAGUAUUUUUGUGGGGAAAUAUCUAAUAGACCUUCAGUCAACUUUACAAAUAAGUCCUGGAUUUUAAAGAUGGAUGUCUGAAAGUACAGUACAUCUUUUGUACCUGAACUGCUGUAAGAUGCACUCCACCAAUAUAUCAAAAUCUCUUUUCUUCUGUAAUAGGGUUUGGGAGUGAUGUGUUUGAUUCUGCCCACAGGGCCUGUGCCAAGGCAAUCAGAUCUUUAUGAAAGCAGUAUUUUCUGUGUGUUUUUUUUUUUUUAAUUUACAGCCUUUCUUAUUUUGAUAUUUUUUUAAUGCUGUGGAUGAAUGCCAACUUUCAGACAGUACCCACUUAGCUGUCCACAUUUUUUCUCAAAGCCAAUCCUCCAUUCUUCCUCUCCAGAUAUUUUUGGGAGUAACAAACAUUCUCAUCCUACUUAGCCUACCUAGAUUUCUCAUGACGAGUUAAUGCAUGUCCGUGGUUGGGUGCACCUGUAGUUCUGUUUAUUGGUCAGUGGAAAUGAAAAAAAAAACCUGCGUUCAUUGCAGUUCCAGUUUCUCUUCCAUUCUGUGUCACAGACACCAACACACCACUCAUUGGAAAAUGAAAAAAAAAAUACACAAAAAACCAAGAAAAAAAACAAAAUGUACAAUGGAUGCAUUGAAAUUAUAUGUAAUUGUAUAAAUGGUGCAACAGUAAUAAAGUUAAAUAAUUAAAAAUUG